CUGCGGUAUUCUGCUAUCUUCACUGACAUUCGCCAAGAAUUAAGAAUUACCAGAGAGUACUACGCGAAUGGGGAACUAGCGCUGGAGUUUUCACGACGCCUGCAGCGCCACCCUGGCGGUCAGAACGUGCACAACGCAGCCGCUCCCGCGGACGAAAAUUGCUACUGGUAGCGGCGUUGCGUGCGCUGAAAGUUGAAAAAAAAAAAAAAAAAGGACGCCGAUGGCACUGUUGCGUAUACAAGUGUCACAACUACGUCGGAAUGAGGGAGGAUGUACCCUGCGUCUUUCCAUAUAAACCCUACGAACAAGAACGGAGGCGGCGUUGGAUCCAAGCACUCAGGCGAGCUUAGAUCAACCAUGGGAAUUUGGGGGCUACAGACGUUCCUUGAAAUGCGUGUACAAGGUGGCUGCACGCCUGUUGACAUCUUGGAAGAAGCACGAAGGUUCGCUUUGUGCAGCCCUCCAGGGACAAAACCCACAAUAGUGGUGGAUGGCCUGAGUUUAAUCAGGUGGCUUUACAAUAAAACAUAUGACUAUAUAUUUGGUGGCCCAUGGAGAUAUCUUUCGCAUGUCAUAACGGAGUUUGUAAGAUCAUUUCAAGAGAGAGGCAUUGACUUGGUAUUUUUCUUUGAUGGCGUUGUGUGUGGUGCAAAAGUCCAAGUGUGGAGAACUCGUCGAAGUGAACGCCUGCUCAACAUUAAGAAGACAUUUCAAAAACUUCGAGAUGGUUGCUGGACAGGAAAUGAGAAGAACGACUUUUCCUGUCCCAACGGCACUGCACAGACCUUGUGCUUUGUGAUCAAGUACCUUACAUCAUGCAAAGUGUUUUAUGCAAUGGAAGAGUGUGACAAGGAAGUGGCUCGCUAUGCUGAGAGGCAUCCAGAAUGCUUUGCUGUGCUGGGCCAAGAUACAGACUAUGUCAUAUUCAAUAUGAGAGUUCUGUACCUUUCUACAUUGUAUUUAGACAUAAGUACAUUGCAGACACGUAGCUACAAUGCCAAGGCUCUCGCUUGUCAUCUGGAACUUAGUCCUGAGCUCCUCCCACUGUUCGCCUGCCUUGCAGGCAAUGACACCGUCACCAAAGAACAUCUGAUGUCGUUUCAUGACUCUGUUGGUUGCAGGCUGCAUCAUUACGGUGGUCACGCAAACUGCUUUCAGAGAAUCGCUGCUGUCAUUCGCCAGAGAGACUGGAGGGCGAUUCCUGACAGUUCUGUCGCCAGACAUACAGAUGUCGACUUGGACCUCUUGAAGGAAGGUGUGCACGCGUAUAACUUGAGCGAAGACGGCAGCAAUUUGGAAGUGCCCUUGGGCAUUGACCUAGCCAGUUGGUCUCUGGUCGUUAGCAUGUACAAGCAUGCUGCAACUCUCCCAACUGUCCUCCAAGUACUUUAUGGCCGAGAGAUCUACCUUGGUGAAACUAUGGAGGAGCCAAUAGGUACACACAAUGUACCAGCGUACAGCUGCUUUCGGCCUGUCAGACGCAGGAUUUAUUGGGUCCUUUUUGGUGGAGAUGAGUCUGUGUUUAUCACUGAACAUGUUACAUACCCUGCAAACAUUGGAAUCAGAGAUGAGACUGUGGGAUGUGCACCUUUCCCUUUUCAAGGUGAAGUACCAUGCCUUUAUCAUCUUUGGUCAGGAGACCCAUCCUUGGAUGUUGUGCGCUGGCGCCUCUUCUGUGGUUGUCUACAAAUGGAGAGGCAGCUUGAGCAGCUCAGGUUGCUGCCUUCCUCCUGUGUGGUCCUGUGUUGCACGUUACGUCAAAUGUUUCUGGCCGAAGUCAUUGGGGAAAAAGAACUGAGUGCGCUUAUUUUGCAAUGCAUCCUUCCAAAUGAAAAGAAGCUUGAACUGUCAGAAACGCAAGUACCGAAGAGCCUGGUCAAUGCUGACCUGGUAAUUAUCUCCACAUAUGUCAUGAUAGGUGUUCAGUGUGUGACGAUGGUCCUCAGUGCCUGUGGACAACCAUUGCCCAUGCAAAGUGCUGCACCUUGGCUUUUCUUUGACGGAAAGCUGUUCCACCUCCUUUAUCGAAGACUCAUCUGGUCGCCCAACAUAUUCUCCUCACUUCUGGAGCACGAUGAUGCUCUACUACAUUUGUACCAUCAGUUGUGGAGCAUUGUCACCGCUGCAAAACCGCAAUGUCGCCCAUACUUCACAGACGAGCAUACAUGAAAUGGAAAUAUGGACAGCUGAACCUGCUGGUUGACCUUUGAACCGAACAAACAGGAUGUACAUGUCUGUACUGUUGUGUGCACAUUUUAAUAAAUUAUUCUAUCAGGA